AUGAGUAGCAUAAGUAAUAGCAUAAGCUCACUUCUUCCGAAUCGGCGCAUUGGAUUUGCAGCAGAGUCUAAAGCUUUCCAAAGAAGCUUAAGCGGUCUAAGUUCUUCUAAUAUGCGAUCCAAGCCCACCGUUUUGAUCCUAUACACUUUGCCACCACUCAAUGUACUCAAUACGGAUAACACGUCUUCCUUUGAAGAGGUUCCUAGUACUUUGCCACCGUCUUAUCAACCACAGCGAGACAAUAACCAAGAAAAGGACUCUGAAGAUGAUGAACUCCCACUCCCGUCUUCAUCCCUCUUAAUAAAAGGGCGAAGAGGUCGUCCAAGAAAACCUGCUGUUCGCAUUCCAUCAGAAUUGCAAUUGCGUCGUAGCCGUCUUAGAAAACAAAUUUCUAGCCCAUCUCUUCCACAAUCGUCUAGCAUUACACGGAACCAAAUGUUCUCUUCUGAUUCCGGAUCCGACCUAGAAGUUACCGGCCAUCGCUCAAACGCUUUAAGGCAAGGUCGUGAGACACGUGAGGCUCAAAGGAUCCAAGCCAAUAUCGAACGAAAGAACCGCAUACAGCGAAAGGAUGAACGAAAGGCUGCUAAAGAGGCUGCUUAG